CACGUGCCUCGGUGUCGAAGGUCAGUGCGGUUACAAUGGAGCUGCCGGAGUCUGCCCUCGCGGGGCUGCAGUCCCUGGCACAUCCCGCCCGCCUUCCCCACAAAACCUUCCAGCUGCUGCUGGAGGCCGCCUUCCACAACCUGCUCCACCCGCAGGCGGAUGGCACGGCGUUAGAUCAUGCAGAGCUGGGAUCCCUGGACCCGACUUUACUGAAACAAUCCUAUGCAGCCAUCACAACCUGUAUAUUGGAAGCAGGGAAACAAAACGCCGACAAAUCAACACUAAGCACAUUGCUUGAAGAGUGUAGAUUCGGAUCGGAGAGAAUAGACACGUUUUGCACAGAAUAUCAGAAAAAUAAAGGUAAAGUGGAAGCCUUGCUAGGAAGCAUAGGACGCUAUCCAUCUCAUAUCACUGACGUUUCUUGGCGGUUGGAGUAUCACAUUAGGAAUAAUCAUCUUCAUAAAGUCAAUCAGCCAUCGUAUUUAUUAACCUUGAAGGCAGAGAAUGGUGAGGCCAGAUCAGCUGAGGAUGUUACUUUUAGCUGCAGCAUGGAACAGUUACAGGACCUUUUAGGGAAGUUAAAAGAUGCGGCUAAAAGCAUGGAGAAGGCGAGUCAGAUCACAGGCUGUGAGAGAGAGAGAAGGGGUUUGGGGGAGGAAUCGGACCAUCAUCUGCCGCCGCUCCUGAACCAGCUUUCAGAAGAACGCGGCCAUUUUAGUCAGAACAUGCACCGAACUACACGAAUCAAAAUAACAGAGCUGAACCCGCAUUUGAUGUGUGUGCUGUGCGGAGGCUACUUCAUAGACGCCACAACCAUCAUAGAAUGUCUGCACUCGUUUUGUAAGACCUGCAUCGUUCGCUACUUGGAAACAAGCAAGUACUGUCCUAUCUGCGAUGUGCAAGUUCAUAAAACUAGGCCCCUUCUUAACAUUAGGUCAGACAAGACUUUACAAGAUAUUGUAUAUAAAUUAGUUCCUGGCCUCUUUAAAGAUGAAAUGAAACGAAGACGGGACUUUUAUGCUGCCCAUCCUUCUGCUGAUGCAGCAAAUGGCUCUAAUGAAGACAGGGGAGAAGUUACAGAGGAAGAUAAACGGAUUAUAACAGAUGAUGAAAUCAUUAGCUUGUCAAUAGAAUUCUAUGAGCAGAAUAAGAUUGAACGAAAAGGAAAUACAGACAAGGAGAAGACAAAAGAUGAGAUGAAUGAUAAGAGAUAUCUGCGGUGUCCAGCAGCCAUGACUGUGAUGCAUUUAAGAAAGUUCCUGAGGAGUAAAAUGGAUAUUCCUCAUACAUUCCAGAUUGAUGUUAUGUAUGAAGAUGAACCAUUGAAAGAUUAUUACACUCUUAUGGAUAUCGCCUAUAUUUACACAUGGAGAAGGAAUGGACCACUUCCUCUAAAAUAUCGGGUGCGUCCAACCUGCAAAAGAAUGAAGAUUGGCAAUCAACAAGAUGGAUUAAAUAACACCAGUGGGGAGUUAGAAAGCGACUCUGGAAGUGAUAAGGCAAACAGCCCAGCUGCUGUUCCAUCCACAUCAUCUUCAUUGCCCAGUCCUUGCACUCCAGGGCAGUCUCCUCAUCCACACUUUCCACACAUAUCCAGUACCAUGAACGGCUCCUCGAUCUCCAAUGCCAACCACCAAGUCCCUUUCAGUAACAACAGAGCACGCAAAUCAUCCGUCAAUGGCUCAUCAGCAUCAUCAUCAGGGUGACUGCUUCUCAAACAGAUGGUGCAACGCAUAUAUACAAAGACCUAUUCGUGCCAUGCGAUAAUAUAUAGAGAUAGAAAAUGCUUAGCAUUAUGACCAUCGUUGACAUCACUAUUUUGGACAUUUGGUUGGAAGUCAGAAACUUUUAUGUGGCUUUACUACAAACGGUUUCAACAAGAAAUUUUACUCCCAUCGGACAUUUUUCUGAUUUCUAGGAAUACAAUUUAACAAAGGAUGUAUAUGAGUGGAAUGUGUAUUGCAGGGAUUUGAGGAUAUUUUCAUCUAUCAGCAUUGGAUUUUUAUGGCCAAUUGACUGGGAAGGAUACCGUAUUCACAGGAUGGAAAAUGAAGGA